AUGAUGGCUGAAGAUGGCAGGGGCCGCUGCGCAGGAGAUGAAAGUUUCGACAUGGCAAAUGACGCCUUUGCCGACGCAGGACACGGCGCGAAUGCUAGCAGUUUGCACCAGCGCUCGCCCGCUGUCAUUUCACUGUUGUCUGGAAGGACUGGCGGUGAGCUGGAAUAUUUCCUGCGGGUCUUUUGGGUGCCGGCGGCGGUUUUCGCAACGGCAGAGAUGUUGACGUUCCUGGUGAGACGAGCCAGCUUCUUUGUGGUAUUGACUGACAAUGCUUUUGAAGUCGGUCCGACCUACAGCAAAGUUGUAGAGGUCCACGUCUGGGCCAGCAUCGUGAUGUGGUGUUUGGCAGCGGUGCAAAUCUUGGGCGAACAGCUGCGUCGACGGCGUGACCUUGCCUGGAUCCAUCGCCUUGCGGGCAAGGUCAUGCUCUUGCUGUUCUUCUUUGUGGUGCUGCCCACAAGCCUGUACCUUUCUGCGCUGCAGCGUAUCGAUAUUCUGGCUCCAGCUGUUGCAGCUGUGCUCCUUGACACGGCCUUCUGCACGACCUUUUUCCUGUAUCGGGGCUGGAGAGUGGUGCGGCGCCGCGCCUCGUCGAAAUCGUUGAUGGUGCAUGGGAAGCUGAUGCAGUGCGGCACCAUGAUGAGCAUGGCCAUCCUACCUCAGCGUUUCCUGCAACUGUACUUGACGAUGCAGUUGAAGAACCGCCAUCAGGCCAACUACUCCAUCUCGAUCCUGGUGACAUCGAUUCUUUUCUUUGUCUUCGGACAUUUCCAGGAGGGGCCGAGAGGGUUCAUUUGGAUGAACUGCAUCGGAAUGGACAAUGCGGAGGAGGCGUUCGGCAGUCGCCAUGCCUCUGCAGUCGAGCGCUGGAGCUGGAAGCUCCGCUGGCUCGCCUACGUGCCCAUCUACUACGCCAUGCGGUUCGCACUCCAGUAG